ACACGACCGAGCAUUAUCAAAAACCGCAAUCCUACAUCAUAGACGUUCGAUCCUUCAAUGCCUCAUAUAAAGCGAGUCUCCUAUAGUGAAGCUGUUGUAUCUCAUCAUGAACAUUGUGCGCCCGAGAUCUAUACUACAGACGCAACUUUACUGUCAGAAUAGCACAAGAGCUGUUACAUUGUUUACAACGACAAGAUCAUCAUUACUAUCAGCAUAUAACAAGCCAUCCAUCUCGAACUCUACGAUUUCCAAGACAAGAUCAUUCUCGUCACAGGCCAUUACAACACAAAACACGAUCAUGCAUCACGUUCUGAUUGUCGGCGGUGGCCCAGCUGGUUCCAGCACAGCUUUCUGGCUCGCAAAAGCAGGUUUCAAAGUCACAGUCGCCGAACGCUCAACAGUUGAGCCAUACGGGCAAGGCAUCGAUAUCACAGGAGAAGCAGUCGAUGUUGUCAAGAAGAUGGGUUUAUGGGAUGAAAUCAAAGCCAACACGACCGGCGAGAGUGGAUUUGCUAUGCUUGAUGAUGCGGGCAAAGAGAUUGGAAAUACAGGUACGAAUGCUGUGGAUAACAGCAAACCUGCUUUUUCACCGACGAACGAGAUUGAGAUCAUGCGUGGUACUUUGACCAACAUCAUCGCGGAUGCUGCAAAGAAACAUGGUGCUGAGUACAGAUACGGAUGCACCGUGACAGAUAUACAGCAAGAUGAGAACUCUGUGACAGCCACCCUCUCUGACAACGGAAAGCCAGAAACCUUUACCGCCAUAAUCGGUGCAGAUGGAGUAGCAUCUCGAGUCCGAAAGCUUACAUUCGACGAGUCCUUGACCAAAGAUUGCUUCAAGCAGACUGAUACUUACGUAGCCUAUUUCUCCAUGGAUGUAGAUCCCAAAGACCACACAAGCUAUUCAAUUCUACAGCAUGCAAACAAAGGUCGCGUUCUCUGGAUACGACCAAUCGAUACAAAUGGGACUCGCACCUCAGGCUACGUCAUGGUAACCACAACUGAUGGAGCAGAACUCAACCAAGCAGCUCGCCACGGUACCAUCGAACAACAGAAAGCCCUGCUCGAAAGACUCUUCGAAGGUGUGGGUGGCAUCAGAGACAGAAUAAUUGGCGGCAUGAACGCCUCCACAGACUUCUACUUCACCAGAGUAGUGCAAGUAAAGCUCGACACCUGGCACAACAACCGUUGCGGCUUAGUAGGAGACGCCGCAUACUGUCCCUCUCCCCUCACAGGUCAAGGCACCACAAUGGCCGUACUAGGAAGUUACAUGAUCGCUGGAGAACUCAUCGCCAACCCCAACGAUCCAGCAGCAGCGUUUACGAACUACAAGAAGAAAUUCGGAGUCUUUGCAGAAGAAGAAGGUGCUAUUCCUCUAGGAGGCAAAGCACCCAAACUGUUCUGUCCGCAGUCUGAUACGGGUAUAUGGAUCAUCCGUUCCAUCUUUGGCGUUGUGGCUAGACCUGGUGUGCAAAAGUUUUUUGCAUCGCUGCCUUCGUUGCCUAGCUUUGGUUUGGGAAGCAAGAAGUUUGAGCUGCCUGAUUAUGAGUCCUGUUAACGUUAAGAGGCGCCAGGCGGUAUUUGAGCUUACUCAUAUACAAUAGAACAAUUUCGACAGUGUAAUACACGUUUCUUGUGUGCUGUAAAAAGG